ACGCACAAAAACAAAUAUUGAGAGAGAGAGAGAGAGAGAGAGAGAAUGGUGAACACAAUCAAGCUCUACCAGCCCUUGUUGCGAGCGGCAAUGAAGCUCACCGGCGUGAGACCUCGAAAGAUCGAGAUCGAACCCAGAACUAUCAUGAACUUCUGGGCUCCAACCCAAACUCAAAGCAGCAACAAGCCUGCUGUCGUCUUCCUUCACGGCUUCUUCGGCGACGGCAUGAUGAUGUGGCAGCUGCAGGUCCUUGCGCUCACGAGGAAGUAUGCCGUCUAUGUGCCGGACCUCCUCUUCUUCGGCAGCUCUGCCACAGGUGACAGCCGCCGGACUUUGGACUUCCAGGCGGAGUGCGUGGCGAAGGGGCUGGCGGCACUUGGGUUGCAGCGGUGCAUGGUGGUGGGGUUCAGCUAUGGCGGAAUGGUGGCGUUCAAGUUGGCCGAGUCGCAGCCCGAGCUGGUGGAGUCGGUGGUGGCAACGUGCACUGUACCAGCAAUGACCGAGUCGAUAAGCAAGGAGUGCUUGAAGAAAUUGGGGUUUCCGACAUGGUCAGAGCUUUUGUUGCCUAAUACUGUAAGCGGGGUGAAGAAGGUGGUUGGGAGCCACAGGUUCCCUAGAAUCCCUAAUCGUGUUUUCAAGGACGGUUUAGAGGUCAUGUUUGACUACAGAAAGGAGAGAGCUGAACUGUUGCAGGCUUUUGUCAUUCCAGACAAGGACUUCACUUUGCCAGAGUAUUCCCAGAAAGUCCAUCUGGUAUGCGGCGAGGACGAUAAUAUCUUCAGUGUGGGAUUAGUGAAGGAAUUCAAAGAAAAAUUAGGAAAUAAAGCAACAUUGGAGUGCAUUGAGAAUGCAGGCCAUCUUGCUAUUCUGGAGCGACCCUUCGUCUACAGUAAAUGUUUGAAGAGAAUUCUUGCCUCCAUUUACGAUGAGAGGUCAAACGAGCUAAGCUACGAGUGA